AUGGGAUUCUGCAGGAGAUGCGGUGACAUCGUCGUAGGCCCCCGCUGCAAAUGCGGUGGCACUCCAGUCGCACCUGUCGUCAAAUGGAACCAGGACGAUGGAAAGCAGACCCAGGACCCAUGGUCCAAGACCUAUGUCACCCGCGAGAAGACCGGUCCUACACCCGUUCAGAGAAUGAACACCGGCCAGGGAUUCCAAAGCAGUCCUGCAUCAGGACCUUCAACCAGAAAGUUUCCGCGCCCCGAAUCCCAGAAACCCGCCGUCGUAUCCCUCGACCGCAGAGUCUCUGCACACAUCGCUUCUUCUACCUCCGUUGUGCGACCCCCUUCUCCUCUCAAACACUCUACGUCGGCCUCCCACGAAGAUGAUCUCGCCUCGACCGUUAAGCCGGAAGAGGGCAUUCUGCCUAACCUGAACAGCGGAUCUCGUCUCGCCAAAGUCUAUGGAUCUGUACUACAACCCAAGGAGUCUCUGUCUACCUUCAUCUGUGCUCUCUGCUCCUCGCCUUUCCCACCGGAUGCCACUAUAUACCCCGAUCCCUCGUCGAUCCGCCCCGGACUACCUUUCGAAGACGUUGGCUCUGGCACACGAUUUCUAUGCCGACCCUGUUUCACCGAGAACGGAGGAUCCAAAGGCGACUGUCCUGCCUGCGGUAAAGCCGUGCUCAUCCUGAAGAGCGAAGGCGGCUUUGUCGAGACGAGCGGCAAGGUCUGGCACAAGCGCUGCUUCUGCUGUGAGGGCUGCUUCAAGAACAUUGGUGAUCACCCCAUGGUCGACCUGCUUGGCAGGCCGAGCUGCGCGGACUGCUUUGAGAGUUGCCUGAAGCGCCCUUCGGGCAACACACCCCGCCGUCGCAAGGACUCGGAGGAGCAAACCAGUAACCUGGGUGGGAUCAGGCGUACUAACAAGGAGCGUGAGGGCAGCCCUGCCCUGGAUGAACUCGAGAUGCGACUUGGCAUCCGAAGCCGCGAAAACACCCCAGUUGCGGAGAGUCGAGGCGCACGUUUUGUUCACAGUCCUUCCAAUCCUACGAUGCACACUCCUACUUCACCACCUAGCACGCAUACCCCACUCAGCAAGCGAUACACUACCAUGUUCGCGGGAGAUGCCAGCCCGACUGCCGAGCGCCUUGCCGCGCGGGCACGAGCGAACUCCUCAUCCAGUGUUGGCUCCCCUUCAGCCCGCGACGCACUGUCAAGGUACCAAAGCUCGGAUACCUCCCCUACGAGGAACGGGAGCCCCCUUUCGCGACGGUCUUAUAGUCGCUUGAGGUCCCCGGAUCCUGACGGAGGCGAGGGCUCACCGAUCAGUGCCAGACUGACCGGGUCGGGAAGCCCGCGUUACGGGAGCCCGGUUUCCUCGAAGCCUCCUACUGCGGAUGCCAUUGAGGAGAUGAAGCAGCGCUUCCUCAGGCAGGCAUCGCCGGGUCCUCCGUCAGCACCUGGCCAGGCUGCUGCUUCUUCGACCUCCACCACGACCACGCCCACACGAACUGCGCGCCGCUCUCGUUCACAUCCCCGCUCGAGUGGGACUCCCUCCGCGUUCGUGGGUGAAGACGGUUCGCUCGAACCGCAGACGACCGCAGGGUCGAUAGCGCCCCUCCGCAUUGUGCGCCGCGACAACACUGGUGGGGCUCGUCGUGAUGACACGGGCGGCACGGCGUACGUACGCCGCGACAAUACAGGUGGAGAGGCCUACGUUCGACGGGACAAUACGGGCGGCGGGAGCUACGUCCGACGCGACAACACUGGUGGUACGAAUUACAUCCGCCGUGAUACAACUGGCAAUACGGAUGUCUUGCGGAGAGACACCACUGGCAACACGGCGUUCACUAUCAAACCAGAUCGUACCGGUGAUGCAGAGGUGGAGUCCCUCCUGGGUGCCUUCCCUAGUGUGCCCACAGGAGACCUCAUCGAUUUCGGUCCCGACACGUCCAUGAGCUCCAUAUCUUCCAGCCUCAGCGACAUGUCGUUGUCCCGCAUCCCUCGCCCCGCGCGCGGACUGACAUCACCCCAGUCUGAGCGCAUCGGACUUGGACUUGGACUGGGGUUGCGCACCAGCGCUUCUCGGACGUCGCUGGGCACAGACUACAGCUCAUCUGUCCCGCCCACCCCUGACCUCGCUGGUGACUUCUCCGACGCGGCCACUCAGUCGAGCGGCCCAUCCACUCCUCCUUCGAUUAGCCCGCCCUCUCGACGCGGCCGCGCGGAGGCAGAGAAGGGCAUCGCCGUGCAGCACACGGGGAGCAACGGGAAGGCCGACGCUGUCACCCCAACGCCCAAGUCGCGCACGCUGCCACACGACAUCACGAUCCCGACCCCACUGUCUGCGGAUGCCCGGUGUGCGCGCUGCAACCUGCCGCUGUUCAGCCGCAAGGACGGCGGGAAAUUCGUGACCGUGCCCGAACAGCCGUCCAGCAGUGGAGCGCCGCCGAAGACCUAUCACGCGUCGUGCUUCCGCUGCACGGUGUGCGACAAGCUCUUCCAGGACAGCGAGGGCGGACGUGCGGUGUUCGUGCGCAGCCCGAAAGGGGCUUGCCAUGUUCAGUGUGCGCCGCCUGAGAGGACCAUCACUCGCACCUACACUGCAACGAUGCCCCGGUCAGCGCCGGCUACCCAGCCCACUCCGAAGACGUUCACCGCAACGUACCACCACCCCGCGAGCUCGAGCCGCUACGAGCCGCCGCCGAAGACCGCGCCGGCCUCACAGGCGUCGUUCACCUUCCCGCAGCCGCGUUUCGGGACCUCGUCCGCGUGCCCGGGCUGCCACAAGGCGGUCUCGCCGAUGGAGCGGGGCGUCGUGCCCGGGCCGCAGGGCUCGCGCUGGCAUGCGACGUGUUUGAUGUGUGGCGGGCGGGAGGCGAAGGGCCGCAGGAAGGAGGACGGCAAGCCUGGGUGCGGGAAGAAGCUCGACAGCGCGGCGAAGACGGACAGGGACGGCGGAGUGUGGUGCCGCGAGUGCUUGUUGCUUAUGCCGGCGACUCAUCGUGGUUCGCCGUCUCCGACGCGGAGCACGCCGCUCGUCCCAAGCUACACGGGCAGCAAGAACGCGUUCGGCGGCGUCGCGCCGCAGUUCACGGGCACCACGACGCUUGCGCGGCAAUUCACAGGGCUCGGCGGGAGCUCGGACCCCGCGCUCAUGCGGCAGCUCACUGGGGGAGGGCUCAGCCCCACGCGCCAGCUGACGUCGAGCCCGACGAAGAUGUUUGACGGGCCGCGUCCGGGCAUGUCGCGCUACCCGCGGCCGAAGAGCGCGAUUGGGUUCGCGGCGCGCACGAAGAGCGAGGGUGGCGAGAGCCGUGGCAUGUAUCUCGUGCGGCAGCUUACGGGCGGGCGCAACAAGGAGGUCGCUUGAGUCAGACUCACAAAUGGAGGGGAGAGGGGGAGGUUGGGCGUGUGGAUGCUGACCGCGAUCUAUGGACUGUAGUUACUGACGGACUGCGGACUGGCUCUGUUAAAUGUUCUCGACCGACGUUUCUGUUCUAUCCGGGCUGCUCACGCUUUCUCAUGUUUUCGAUCCGAUCCACAAACGAAUGUAUUCUUUC